UUUAGCAUGUCGCAUGGUUUCCACAGCCACGCAGUGGCUACAUCGUAAAUAUUCAUGAGUUGUUUUGUUUUGUUUUCUGGUAUUAAUUUAAAGUUAGGUUUAAGGUUAGCAGUGUGGAAAAUGUAAGGAGCAAGAAAACGGCAACAAAACAGGAGUUUGUCUUUGAAGCAGUGGUCAAUGAUCAUGCACAAUGGCCGUGUCCGUUAUCUCAUCUUCUUCCAAUACCUCGGGACAAAGUACAGUGGCGUUAUGAAGGCGCCUCCACACCAAGCAGUCAAGGGUGUCCAGAACUACUUGGAGGAUGCGGUACGGAGUUUGAGGCCGGUGAAUGAGGUUUCUCUGUCCAUCUCCAGUCGGACAGAUACCGGUGUCCACGCCCUUGGAAACUCCGCCCACUUCGACCUCCAGCGGCAGAACGGCAAGCCCCCAUUUGCUGAGGAGGUCCUGGUUGACGCCCUCAACUUCCACCUGAGACCAGAGCCAAUCAGAAUCACCCGUGCCUACCGGGUCCCCGGUGGGUUCCAUGCCCGUUUCCGCGCUGUGUCUCGGACGUACGUCUACCGGCUAGCCACGGGCGUCACUCAUCACUCCUGCACGCCACUGACCGAUGCUAACCUCUGCUGGGGGUUACGCCACAUGGACUUGGAUGUUGGUGCGAUGCGUGACGCUGCCUCCCUGCUGGUGGGUACCCAUAACUUCAGCUCCUUCAGAGCCCUGAACUCUGAGACACCGUUUAAAGACCCGGUAAAGACCCUGGAGAAGGUCGGUCUGGAACUCGGAGACGCCUUUGUACACAAACACUUCCACAGAGAUAUUCAGUUCUGGGAGCUUACCUUCAAGAGCAGAUCCUUCCUCUACAAACAGGUGCGUAGGAUGACAGGGGCUCUGGUGGCAGUUGGCCAGGGACAGAUGUCUGUCUCUGGGGUGAAGGAAUUACUGGAGGCCCAGGACUCUCAGGCCUACCCACACAACCUCACAUCACCCCCAGAAGGACUCUUCCUCACCAGGGUGGAGUACCACCGGUCAGACCUGCAGCUUUACACUCAGGAGGAUUCACAGAGUUGAUUGCCCUUUUAAUGACCUAGGCCCAAUCCCAAAUGGACCCCUAGACGUUACGCCCUACACAUUUGUGGAGAUCUGAGAGGAUUUGAAAAGCAAUUUACUAAUCCCUCCAAUUUGCCCCUCUGAUAGGCUAGGUCAGGGGUGUCAAACUAAUUUCAUGGAGGGUCUAGUGUCUGCAGGUUUUAGUUUUCUAACACCUAGACACCCAGGUGAGGGGAGGUCUUUACUGAGACCUAGACACCCAGGUGAGGGGAGAUCUUUACUGAGACCUAGACAACCAGGUGAGGGGAGUUCCUUACUGAGACCUAGACAACCAGGUGAGGUGAGCUC